CCAUCAACCAGUUCCAGGAUGAUCAUGCCACAGUUAGGGUUGUGCACUAAAUACAUCAAUCACUUUUUCUUUUAAAUUAUGCGGUUGACCAGGUGUGUAUGCAUUGCCUAGCUGUGGAAGACAUCACCAGGAUGCACUACGGUAAGAAGCAAAUCCAGUCAGUGUGAUGCUCUGGGCAAUGUUCUGCUGGGAAACAUUAGGUCCAGGCAUUUAUGUGGAUUUUACUUAGACACAACAUCUACCUAAACAUUGCUGUAUACCAGGUACACCCCAUCAAGAUAUUCCUUAAUGUCAGUAGACUAUUUCAGCAGCCUAAUGUGCCCUUCCACACUGCAAACAUUGCUCAGGAAUGUUUGAGGAACAUGGCUAAGAUAUCAAGGUGUUGAUUUGGCCUCCAAAUUCCCCAGAUCUCAAUCCAUUUGAGCAUCUGUGGGAUGUGCUGGACAAACAGGUGCAAUCCAUAGAGACAUCACCUCCUGGAGGCACCACAACUUACAGGAUGUAAAGGAUCUGCUGUUAACGUCUUGGUGGCAGAUACUACAGCAAACCUUCACAGGUUUUGUGAGUCCAUGUAUCAACAUUUACAUAAUUUAGCUGAUGCCCUCAUCCAUAGCAACUUACAGAAGUGUAUUUUAGCAAAAACACAUCCUAAGGAACUAAGAGCACAGUACGAGAAAGCAGGGAACUAAAAGAACAGUACUGCUGGAGAAGUGUGGACAAUUUGGCGAGUUUAAAAAGUAAUGCAACUGCUUUCUGGAUUAGUUGCUGGUACCAUGCAUCCACAGAUAGGGGCUAUCAAACUAUUGUUAAAUGGUUAUUGAAAGCGAGUUAUUGUUUCAUCCUGAUGCUUGGACCUCUUGCAGUAUUGUUUCACUGAUUAUUAUUGCCAGAUACUGUAGAACUGUACCUUUCCAAGCCAUUAGCUAUAGCUAUAAAGAACAUCAUGUGGACAAAUUAAGUACUGUUUACCUUUACUGUUCUAGACCUGUAUGGUGUAAUGAUUUAUAAACAUUGUAUCUUCUGUCAACCAGAAGAGUAUGGCUUAUCUUUUGAUUCUGGUUCCUCUUAAGGUUUCUUCUUCAUGCUAUUUUGUGGAGUGCAUUCUUGCCUUUGUCAACUCUGGUUUGCACAUUAGGGAUGUUUAUUAAAAAUACUGUUAAAAUACUGUACAAAUAAAAGAGAAUAUUCAUUCAUUCAUUCAUAUUUUUGCUCUAUAUAAUAAAUAAAUGAUAAUUGUAUGUUGAAACUGCAUUUGUCAGAAAGAUGAUAUUAAUAAGGUAUAUUCUCUAAGUACUCUCUCUCUCUCUCUCUCUCUCACACACACACACACACACACACACACAGCGCUUUUCUUAUGAAGCACUCUUCAUAAUCUGAUUAGCUUUGUAAACCUUCUGUUCUUUUCCUUCCAGGCAUGCAUGCGAACAACAGCCUUAUCAAUUACAUCAGCCUGUGUGAGAAUUACAGACAUUAAGAGCACAAUUCCAAUAUUAUCCAUAGCUUAGUUAUAUUGCGUAAACCAAUAUCAAAUGGGCUGGACCAAAAAUCAAUACCAGACCAAUAACACUUCCUCUUAAAUCCUCUUACAUGUUUUCAUUUAUUUUUGUUCAUUUAUCUGCAAAAGUUGUGAUUGCAUAAUUGUGAAUUUUCCUCUGGGAUUAAUAAAGUGAUAUAUCUAUUAAUCUAUCUAAAAAUGUAUCCCAGUAGAGUUCAAAGGACUAGCUCUUUUUUUAACCUUUCAAUUCAAUUAUAAUUUAAAAGACCAUUUUAAUUUAAAACAUGGAUUCUAGAUGAGUUUCUGGUGGGCCUGGAUUAGCAUCAUAUCAAGCUAGUUUUGGGCAAUGGCCAUAUGCUUGACACCCCUGGGUAGAUAGAGGACAUAAAGUAGUAGAGACAGAGGGGGGAGGCACAGGCAGAUAGAGAUUACUAAACCGAUUAGCUUGGGGUCAUGGAACAGAGCCUUUUACAGGACAACAAGUAACAUCCUGUGUUAAAUUGAGACAAGAGCACAAACAUGCGAUGAGGUGAGAGUAGAAGAAACAGAGAGGCAAAUAAAUGGAUGGAACUUCAGAAAAGACAGCAUAAGGAAAAAAAACAUUCGGCAGUUACUGUAUGUAAGAGUGAUGGCUUAAAAUGUGAUUAAGGAUAGGCAGUGUGAUAGAUGAAAAACAACAAUUUUACUGCUCUGAUCACCACCACAACUUUUUAUCCACAAGCGUAUUUUCAACUGCAUUAAAAGUAAGUAUAGAAUUAAAAUGUCCUCUGUCUACUUCUUUUCUUUCAUCAUCUUUCAUUCGCUUCAUUCUCCUGCCUUGCUUUGACAUUGCUCCCCAUCUUUCAUCCAAAUAAACAUGAUCUCAUUGGAGAACUAUCUGAACAUAUAUAAAAUUAAUGAAUUGUUUCUUAAUAGUGACUUAUUUCUUCAAUGAGUAAGGAAAAUAAGAAAAAGAUUAAAUGGAAGUGGGCUGCAAGAUCAAUGCUUCAGGUAAAGGUAGAGAUAUAGGAAUAUAGAUAAAUAGGAAUACCUGUGGACUUUACUAUGUAAGAUGAAUAUUUGCAGGAUUUCAUGCAUAGAUUGGUGGUUUUGCUUCAAGUAAUUUAUUUGAAAGCUCUGAAUGCUACCUAGCUGAGAGAAGCUGAACUAGUUGUAACUAUUAUCAGUGAGAUUUUUGUGUCUGUGUCCAGAUGCUGCAGAAAUCAAAUAAACAAAUCAUCACUGAUUGUGGAUAAGAGUAAGGGACAUUCCAGUGAGGAUCCAUGCCCAUCAUGCAAGAACAAGAUGUGCGGUCCUCAAAAAGACCUCUAAAAGUCCUGAAAAUUAAAGAUCUUCAGCAUGUGUCCAACCUAUCACAGAAGCAGCUUGAGGACCAGCAUCUCUGUCUAAAGGAGGAGAGUACACUCCUCAAACAACAUGUACAAAUACUAGAGCAGAAACUAUACAGGUUCUCCACUAAAUUGUCAAAGCUGAGGAACGUACAUUCUGGUUUGUCUUGGGGGCAAAAUAUUGACGCUCAUGACACUAUUGAGGAGCUGAAGGAUCGUGUAGUUACUCUGGAAAGCCAGAAGGAGGUGUUGCAGAGAAAACUUAGCAAGGCCAGACAGCAGAUCCUGGCACUGGGCCGACAAGCUCACCAAAGUCCACACAUGGGACAGGGUUUACAACAAGAGGGAGAAGUCACACAGACAACUCAAACAGUCCCAGCUCACUAUGCACUCAGCUCCAUGGAUGAUUACAAAGGACAGAGUAAUGGACUUUUUAUAGCACCACAGGCAGUAAGAUUAACAGAGCUUGAACUGGCAAUUCGAUCACUCAGAGAAACCUUUAAACUAAAAGAGAAAGAACUGCAAUACUCUAUGAAAGGACCAAACAAAAAGCAAGUUGAUGAACUCAGACUUACAAUAAAAAAUAAUGUAAAUGUGAUCAGGCUGCAGAAACAGCUGUCUAAUGAAAGGACUGCUCUUUUGGUCAUCAAGGAGAAGUUUACAGGGCUAAAACAGGCUUAUGAAACUCAGCUGGAAGAGGGCCAGAGGUCACUGCAUCAGAAUCAGGAGGCCUUGCUCGGACAAGUAGGGCAACUGAGUGAGCAAUUAAAACAGGAAAAACAGAAGGCACUGAUCCUAGAAGGUCAGCUUAAUACUGCCACUAUUUCACUUCACAGCUUGGCAGAGCUCCAGGAGAGGGUCUCAGACAUUGAAGGGGAAAGAAAUCUCCUGAAGAGGAGCUAUAAUGCACUACUAAUUAGGACUCUGUCUGGCCAUAGCCAUGGUAAUGAACAUGAAUGCGAUAAAGAGAGUGAAAAACAGGAAAUGGAGAACUGUAGAGCUGACAUGGUAGUACUGAAGAAAAAGCUGGAGGAUCAAAAUAAUGAGAGAGAGAUGGAGCAGGAAAAAAAGAGAGUGGUGCUAGACUAUGAAACAACUCAAAUGGAAAGAUCACAAAAAAUGGCCAUGACCACUACCCUUAGAGAAAAACAUGACUUCCUGGAGCAAGAAGUACUACAGUACAGGCAGAAUGUGACAUCCCUACAAGACAGACUAGACAGAGUAUCAAAAGAUUUUCAGACGGAUGUGGAAGACCUUAGCGAGAUUCUAAUGCAAAUUAAGGCUUUUCGAUUGCAGCAAGAGAGUUGUAAGGGCCUGACAUUCAUGGUGAGUAAUGAGAAGGUCCAAGAUCCAUCACGAGAGUUGGCUGCUCAACAAGUCUCUCAUGUGGAAACCAUACUAGAGCUGCAGAAAACCCGGGAAUUGUUGGUUAUGCAACAGAAGAUCAAUAGUGACCUGCAGGCUUACAUGAACAUAGAAAAGGAGAGAGCAGAAGGGGAAAGAGAACGGAGAAGAAGGGAGGUCAGUGAAAAAGACAAACUGCUGAAAAAUAGGGCACUUCAAAUCAACAGUUUACAAGAUCAGCUGAGGAACUUAACAUACCCUCCUGGAAACCGCAAUCAGAUUAUACCACAUCAAUACACAUGGACAGGAGUGGGUCAGGAAUCAGUCCAGAUGAUGGAGGGGAAGACCAUUCUAAAUCAGCUCCAGGAUGGAGGAUCCUUGCUUGAAAUCAGUCUCAUGGGGGCCACGUUCACCCCUGUGGGAUUGAGACUCAUGAGACAGCAGAAAGUUGUGGAUACCAGUGGUCCCUUUGAGGUGGUGACAUUUUGUACCUACUCAUUCCUUGACUUUGAAAUGCAUUCAACCCCACUGGUUUCAGGGACACAACCAAACUAUGGCUUUACAUCCUGCUAUGUUCUUACUGGCCUCAGCCCCACCAAGCUUGAGAGUCAAGGGGUUUUUGUACAUGUUGAAGUACAUCAGGCACUUGGAGGAGUGCAAUUCAUAACCCGGGGCAGAGCAAAAAUCCCCCUCAUACAAGCACUACAGCACAGAGGAGAAAAAGUAAAAGGGAGAGUGAACAUUACAGGAUCCAAAGGGGAAAUAAUAGGGGUCCUGGAAUUCUGUCUCUGUCUGUUCUCUGAAGUGGAGGCAAAAGAUAUUGGCACUGACCGAUUGCCCGUACACACAGCUUUAUACCGGAGUCACAUACAGCCUGAACCAGAGCCUUCCAAUCAACUCAGAAUGCAUAGUCCUGCCAGAUCACAACAUCCCCAGUUUCCUGCACCCAAGUCACCUCCAAGAGAACCAGGAGCUAAAUGGAUACAGUUUCCAAUUUACAACCAAACUGGUCAUACAAGAUCAUUUAACCACAAUCUGAAAAUGCCUGACUCUGGUCACACCUCAAUUAGCAGUAAGCAAAGGAGCUCAAGACAUCAUUCAAGGGCAAUGGAACAGGAAGACAAGGAGAAAGGAGAAUCAUCAUCCCAGCCUGUAAGUCUGAGAGACCAAAUGGACAGUGAAGUUUUAGAGUCUUUGGAAUCCAUCACCACCAGUGAUAGUGAUGUUGUUAUUCCCCAGCUUGAAGCACCUGUCAAACAGGGCUGCAGACUUAAAAUAGAGAUCUUAUCACUUUUGUUUGACCCUUCCUCAAGUGUUGCAUUAGACCAAUCUGUGCAGCAAGUUUAUGUGGAGUACCGGCUCUUAGGCAUUCCCAGAGAGACCACAGAAACCCCCGUGUCUCUGCAAAAACCAACAGAGGGGGAAGAAAUACAUUUCAACUUUAGCAGAGUCAUUCAUGUUGACUCCAUGAAGGCAGCUCCUCUGAAACAGUACCUCUAUACUAAACUGGAAAGGACUGAUGCUAAACAGGGCAGGUUAAAGUUCACUGUGGUCAGUGAGCCUCUGAAUGAGGAGGAUGAAUGUGUGGAUGUUGGCCAUGCCUACUUGGACUUGCAGGAACUACUUCUUACAGGGAAUGAUGUAACUGAAUGCCAAAUUGAUAUUGUCAGAAUGGAUGAUGAUCAGGAGGUGGUGGGGAGGCUGAAAGUGUCUUUAGAGGCAGCACAAGCUUUAACAGGAAUCUCCUGGGAGAACCCAAACUAGGAAGAAUGGAAUUAGAAGACAGAAGAGGAGGCAAGAAAAAAGUGCUUGAUCUUGAAUUUAUCUGAAAAUCCUGAAUAAAUUCCUUGAUAAUAUGUGUUGAUUAGUGGAUGAUGAAAAAGAGUUUAAAGCUAUUCUAAGCAAAAUAUUCUCCAAAGGAGUCCAUUUUCAUUUCUCAGUCUCACACAGUCUAACCAUACAUUGAAAUAAAUAAUAUAAUGUGCAUGUAGAUGCAACAUUGUGUCACAGGAAAUGACAGUUGGAGUACAAGCUUUAUUUUUUCAUGCAAGCAGUUACACCUUCUGUGUCAAAAAAAAAAUGGCUACACUUUUUUUUUAUGUCUGAAUAUUGUAAGUUGAAUCUGACAAAUGCAUCAGCCUGAAAUAGCCAUAAGUAUUCAUGAAAAACUCUGGAAAUAGAGGAGAUGAAGACCAUAUGGAAACCAUAAGAAUAGAAAUGUCCCUGAAAUGAAUGUCCCUGUCCCUGUCUGACUAGGCAUCUAAUCACCUUCAACUAACUAGUGGGUAAAUCCAAAAAAAGGACAGCCGGCACCAGAAGCCAUAGAGGCCAUACUUGCCGGACAAAGGCUGCCAAAAGGGCACCUAACUGUUGAAAGAUUUGGAGAUUUCAACCCAGUUUAAAUUAGGCAUCUGAGAUUACUUACUUGCAGAAAACGUGGUUUGUUUUCAUUUCCAAUUGGAGUGGUUUAUUAUUUGUAACCUAAAUUUGACCUGAUUGAAUGUUGUUUUAUAUUGUACAAAGCUAGUUUGAUCUUUGCUUCUCUCUCCUUACAUCGUUAGCCCUUUGUUCAUACAGUGUAAUAACACUAUCAUUUUCCUGUUCAAUCUCAAUAUCAAACCUACUGUAUUACAUAUCAGACCUAUUGUAAUAAAUUUCUCCAGUUUUGGUUUGACUACUUGUCACACACACACACACAAGAAAGUAAAGAUACCACACAAUGGUAGUCCAGUUAAAAAAAUAGUUCUUACCCAAGCAUUCUUGGUAGUAUGUGUACUAAAUAAAUGUUAUUGAGCUUUACUUUGUCUCUUAGAUCAAAAUCUAAGCUAAUGUAACUCUGAACCUUCAGAUCAUUUUAUCUAUUCACUUGUCACUAUUAUUAUACCUAAUUAAUAAUUAGGUUAUAAUAGUUUUUAUAACACAGUAUAAUAGUAUGAUUUAAUAAUCAUUAAUUAUUUUAAUAAUAACUAAAGCCCCAAAUAUUAUUAUACAAGUCAUUUUAUGAGACUGAUCACCCAAAGAAAUGUACAGCCUUAUAAAGUAUACUACUAUUUUUUUUUUGAAAGUUGAUAAAGUGGCAAAAAUAUCUAAAUAUGCAGCAUUUAAGAUGAAGACAGGGGAUAUGGUAGUCAUUGUGGUUAGACUUGGUAGAACAGAGCUUAAAAUAAUUGAAUUGAUCAUAACUAAAACAUAAUACCAAGUUCAGUACUUCACUGUAAUAAGUUAUUUGAUUGGCUUAGAUAUUCUACAUUGGUCAUGUUUGGAUUCUGUUUACUGGGGUAAAUCUUGACAGCGGUAGUAUUAUGCACAUGCAUACCUGCAGGCAUUUGAUACCUAAUAAGAAGAAAACAGGAAUUAUGAUAGUGGGGUUCAAGAAAAAACACUAUUAUACUGGGAGAGAGCAUUUUACUAAAUUAUUUUCCCUAAAAUGGCUUUUACAAGGAUUUUUUCCUUGAAAAAAUCUAAAAGGAUCUUAAAAGUUUGUUAUAUUUGUGUUUUGGACAGGUUUAUUACAAAAAUCUUUACAUAUAGUUGUUUUCCAUUUUUAGAUCUUUAGAUUUUUAGAAAAUUUAGAUCAAUUAUGAGGAAGCCACAUGUGAAACUGAAAAGGAAACAACAUGAGGAAGAAACUUUGAGAGGAACCAGACUCAAAAUGGAAUCAGUAGAUUGUGUUAUAAUGAGUCAUUACCCUUUCACAACUGUACACUAUAGAUAAACAGUGUUGAAUGUAAGAAAAGGAUCUUCAGUAUGAACAUCAGGGUUUAGCAUCAUUUAGUUUUCAGUUCAAGUCUGUUGUUUCCAAAUGAUGUUAUCCAUUACUAAUGAAUGUGACAUGAGUGUAAACUACUUUCAGUAAGUGUAAGCUUUAGGCAAUCCAAGAAUAGUGAUGAGAAUAGUCACUACAUUUUCAAAAUAUUUAUUUAGUAAACUAAAGAUUUAUUUAGUGAUACUAAACUUUUGUGGAAAGCUGUAUAAUAUAAAAAGCCUUAGUCACAAGGACAUCCUUUUUUGGUUGAUUAAUUUAACAUGUUAAUGUGUAUUAACUUUUCAAAUGAAGAGUCAUUGACUCAGCUGUUUGGACAACUAUGGGAAGUUCAGUCCACCAGCAUUUCAUUUCCUGAAUAGGACACAAAAGGCAGAAACCUCAAAACAAAAGAGCUGGUUGCAGUACAUGCCUGUAAAAGCAUUACAAAAGAAGAAUUCAUCAGUUUGGAUGCCACUUCACUGAUAUAGUUAUUAAAUGUUAUUUGCUUUACUUUAAGACAUUCUAAUACCUUGUCUAUAACUUAAAGUAAAGAUCUAUCAUUUCCUAUUCAUCUUUUGAACCCGAUCCCAAAUGUCUUCUGUGUAAAAGAAUUGGCCUUGCUGUCCCUAAAUAUUUGGAGGGGUAUGUGCUUAAUUAACUAUAAUACUAUUUUGGAUGUAGUCCCUAUUCUUUUUUUAAAAUAACCCCCCACUGUUUUGGUCAGGCUUUGUAUCGGAUUUUGAAACAGGGUUGUGGGGAUUUGUUCCCAUUCUGACAUAAGAGCAUUUAUAAAGUUGGGCACAAAUAUAGUGUUACAGAUGCUACACAUCUGGCUGUUGAGCCACACAAUUCUUUAGCACAUAUAUCCCACCAGGCCCUGCUGCUUUUCUAAAACUAGGUUUGUUUUUUGUUUUUUUAUCAUUAUGAUUACAUUUUUAUUGAAGUCUUAAAUUAUGAUUAGUUGUGGAUCCACAUGUAUCCUAAAUGUUUGUUACUUGUAUGUUGAGAUUUAUUAUUUUGUCUAUUUCUGUAUAUAAUUUUUUACAAGAUUUGAGUUUCUAGAGUGGUAAUUUAGUUUCAAUUCAGUUCAGUUUAAUUUAAUUUGUAAUGCACUUUUACAAUCACUUCAUUAGAAACACUAUACUAAUAUAGUGUAUGGCCUCGCUUUGCUCUUAAAGCACCCUCAAUUCUUUAUGGCAUGGAUUUCACAAGAUGUUAGAAACCUUCCUUUGAGAUUCUGGUCCAUGUUGACAUGACUGCACCUUGAAAUUGCUGCAGAUCUUUCAGGUGCACUGUACACUGCAUAUUUCCCUUCUACCAAACCCCAAAGGUGUUCUACUGGAUUUAUAGUUGGUGACUUGGAAGGCCAGUAAAAAAAAAAAACAUUGAGCUCAUUGCCAUGUUCAUGAAAUCAGUUUGAGAUAUUUACAUUAUUAUACUGGAAGUAGCAAUUAGACAAAGGGUAAAUUGUAGACAUAUAGGAAAGCAUAUGUUCAUGCCAAAUUCUGACCCUAGCAUUUGUGUGCCUCAAUAGAAAUCAAGAUUCAUUGCACCAGGCUACUUUUUUUUAAGCUUCAUUUACCCACUAGGGGAUUCUACUAGGUUUGAAAACAUGGCAAUGUAAUUUAGGAGUGAUCACCCCAUUCUCGUGUGUGUUGACUGACUUCUUAAUGAGCGUCAGGAAAUGCUUUCUAGGAUUUUAAAUGAGUUACACUACAGCUUAAUUACUGGAGAUUUUAAUUUUUUGAGUCGGAAAUCUCUUUGGAAAACUAUUUUGUAUAUGUCACUAGAAACUUGGAAUUUUCUUCACUUUAUAUCUCAAAGAAUAUUUCUGUGUGUGUGUGCGCUAGUUUGGUUUCUGUGUAAUAUAGUUCAAUUUGUCUCUGAUUAAAGAGAGAUGUCUUGUUUUUAAGUUAUUGUUGUAAACUGCCAGUCUUGUUACUGUGCUCAUAAAUAUUGUUUUUCCCUAUACUUAGAAUGUUAUUCUCUAUAGUCAAUGAAUGUAAUAUCCCUUCUAGAAUGAACAGCUACAUCCAUAUCAACUUACUGCUAGACAAUUAAUUUGAUGAGUUCACUCUGUCAACAUUCACUCUGUUAGAAUUCCCAGAAAUUUGGUUACUACACCCCUAUGAGCUAAACCUACAGGUAUUCCCUUACACAAGUAGCAUUUAGUUCAGUCAAUACAAUGUUCAGUUUAAAAUGCAUUCCAUAAGGUGUAGGAUUUUGAAUCGUAUAUUAAAAUUAAAAUCCUGUAAUGUGAUGUACCCCUCUAUGUAAAAUCAAAAAAUUCAUUUAAAUUUUAAGCUUACAAUCAGGCAUGU